UUCAUGCAAGGACACACCAAGAAUAUAUAAUACACUACUUGGCUGCUAGUGUGUAAGGAUUAAGAGUGAUAGAACAAUGGACAAGGACCUCCAUGUUAUGUUAGAAUUUUGGGUGUCCGUUUUUUCGGUUGGUGUUAUGGGAGUAUUUGUGCUUGUGUAUAAGGCUCUGGUGAUGGAGCCGGAGAGGGUUCGAUCCAUUAUGAGGAAGCAGGGAAUAGGUGGACCGCCACCAACUUUGCUUCUCGGUAAUCUCUUGGAGUUCAAAAAGCGGCAACCCCCAGCUGCAGCCAGGUCUACCAGUGAAAACACACUCAACCACAAUUGGUUUGGCACUCUCUUUCCCUCUUUGGAGCAGUGGAGAAAACAAUAUGGUAACUUGUUCAUGUUUUCACUUGGUAACAUACAAAUAUUAUAUGUGAACCAACCUGAUUUGAUGAAAGAGAUUACUACCUACAAAUCCUUCGACUUGGGGAAGCCUUCAUAUCACCAGAAAGAGUUCGGUCCAUUGCUUGGUCAGGGCAUUCUAACUUCAAAUGGACCUACCUGGGCUCGUUACAGGAAAAUCCUUGCUCCGGAAUUAUACAUGGACAAGGUCAAGGGAAUGAUAAACCUAAUUUUGGAGUCCACUGACACACUACUGAAUGCAUGGAAGAGUAGAAUUGAUCAAACUGAGGGUGGAAUUGCAGACAUAAACAUCGACGAGUAUAUGGCAAGUUUCUCUGGAGAAGUAAUCUCGAGAGCUUGUUUUGGAAGCAGUUACAUCAAGGGAAAACAGAUUUUUGUUAAGCUCAAAACUCUCCAAGAAGCCACCUCAAAAAAGGUUUUGUCUAUUGGGGUGCCUGGUGCAAGUUAUUUUCCUACUAAAGGCAAUAGGCAAGCAUGGGCAUUAGAGAAGGAGAUCCAUGCAUUGAUCGUGGAGGUAGUGAAGGAGAGGAAGGAAAGUGGGUACGAGAAGGACCUAUUGCAGAUGGUGCUCGAAGGUGCUGAAAAUAGUGAUCUUAGCAAAGAUGAAAUCGAUCAAUUCAUUGUUGAUAACUGCAAAAACAUAUACUUAGCCGCGAACGAGACCAUUUCAGUUGUUUCCUCCUGGUGCCUCAUGUUAUUGGCUUCAAAUCCAGAAUGGCAAACUCGUGUACGCACAGAGGUUCUUCAAGUUUGUGGUGGCCAAAUUCCAGACUUUGAUAUGCUUCGUAAAAUGAAACAGCUAAAAAUGGUGGUCCAAGAAACACUGCGUCUAUAUCCAAAUGGAGCAGCAUUGUCUAGGGAGGCCUUGAAUGACAUACAGGUUGGAGGCAUUAACAUACCAAAGGGUGUCAACUUCUGGACCAUGGUGGUCACAAUGCACACUGACCCUGAAAUAUGGGGACCAGAUGCACUCAACUUUAAUCCAGAGAGGUUUGUGAAUGGGCUCACGGGUGCUUGCAAGAUUCCACACACGUACAUGCCGUUUGGAUUCGGACCACGAUUGUGUGUGGGACAACACUUGGCUAUGGUUCAACUUCAGAUACUGAUUUCUCUGAUUCUCUCCAACUUCUCUAUUUCCCUCUCUCCCAAGUAUGUCCAUUCACCGACUUUAAGGUUACUCGUAAAACCUGAAUAUGGGGUUGAUCUUUUGGUGAAGAAGCUGUGAACUGUGCUUUUAGGUUUGUUGGAUUUACAACUGUACUAAGAGAAAUAAGGAGAUGCAAUUUGGAAGAAUAAUUAAAACUAUUGUUACAAGAGAAGGUGGCACCUUCUACUUAAGAAUUGCUCAUUAUUGGUUUAGUUUUGUAUGCAUGAGAUUCUAUUUAUGAUUACAAGGUGAACCAUGCAUGUAUUUUCUUUCCUACGGAUCUCACCUAUGGUUUCAAAAUAACACCACAUCUCCCCUGUCAGUGUUGACUUUCAACAGAAUAUAUUUAAACAUUGUAAAAUAUAUGUUUCUUUAUGAAUUGUUUGUGUGCGUGUGAACAUGUAUUGAUUCUAGCAUCAUUGUUGUAUGUAUGGGGCAAUGAACAA